CUCGGUAGAAUCAAAAGCUAUAUAAUAUGGCUUCGGAGCAAAUGCUGGGCGCCUUCAGGCCAGGUCUUGAACGAGCUGUCAAUCACCACUGAUCUUCCCAACGCGCCAUGGUCAGCCUUGGAUCAUUGACAGCAGGUGUGUCGCUGUUGCUGUGUCUCUUCAAUGAGACGCUGGCAAACCAACAACACCCAACAAGAUGGGCAAAUGAACAGUACCUCGAUUCCAUAGGGGCGUCCUCGAACAACCUAGACCUAUUUGAGUACGCCAUGGACAUCUUGGACUCUAAUUUCGGCCUUCCAUUCUUAUUUCAAACACCCAAGCUGUCCAGCUGGUAUGUAGUUGGGCUUCUUGCCCGAGCCCAAGGAAACGAUGUGGAAGUUGCCAACAAGUUGAUUGCCAACAUUGUGACGCAGCAAUAUACUGAUCCAUCAUUCAUCGGCUACGGAACAUUCAAAGAUGGCUAUCUGAAGCCUUACGUCGAUGUCUCAGACACCCUAUGGCCUCCAAAGAUUUACAACUCGUAUGACCCGAAUGUCAACCUCUUCGUCACCAUUGCUGGAAUCAUCAUCGACUCGCAGUUCUCGCACCUCCUGUGGGACUCGAAUCUAGCGAAUCUUCGAAAAGCAAUGUACAUUGCCACUGUCGGAGAUGGGUAUCGCGUGGGUGGUCUGGACGGGGACAAUCUUUACCCGGACUACAGCAAUCCCUGGUACAUGCGCUGCGUUUCAGCUGCUUACGUCGGUAACAUGUGCGGCGACUCCAACAUGACAUACUGGGCAAAUGAAUGGGCGAAGGAAGGUAUCGAGCUAUUCAACAUGACCAACACGUUGUCCGAGUUUAAUGGCGGGACAUAUGCCGGUGUCACUCUUUUUGCUCUCAGUCUUGCCCAGUAUUGCCCAACCAAUAGUACAAUCUAUCAGCAGGCACCGAGGGUCAUCACUAGUGUCUGGGACCAGCUAGCCGAGACUUAUAAUCCUUCUUUGACCACUUUGUCCGGACCGUGGGAUAGGACUUAUGGAUUCGACUUGACUCAGUACUAUGGCAUAAUCGGUUCUGGGAUCACGGGCAUCAUCGGGAUGAAUGGAAGCUAUCCCAUGCCGAACCCCCUGGACGGAUCCAACCACUAUACCGACAUGGCCAUCAUCCCGAUGCAAGUCGUCACUUCUGUCUACACCGAGUCUCUGAUUCCCUCGCAAGCCAAGUCCCGCUUUGCGGCACUGUAUGCGCCACACAUGUAUGAUACUCAAGCCUUUUCCCCGCCCUGGGACAAGCGUCCUCGGAAUUACACGUUUUGGGUCGAUGACGGACUCUCAGUCGGAGGUAUCGAAUUCGACGAAUCUGAGGUCGGAGGUCCCAGUAUCAAUCAAGGAAGUUUCAGCCCUGGAGUCAUUCUGUGGGAUGCAGGAAAAGGAGGAGCUGGCGCUGGGUGGAUCUCCUACUGGCCGACAUCUCCGUCCUGUUCGAUCGUGGCAACCCCAUCGAAUCUGACCAUUAGAUACCCACCAUCUCAGGACUGGCCCAAUUCUACCGUGUCGACUGCCAUCUCACUCCUCCUGUCUCCUCUACCGGAUUGGCAACUUGGUACGGGGUCUUUCAAUAACUCUGACCACUCGGCUUCGUUCCCCGGAUUGAAUGUCAGUCUCAGCGGUAAUGCGGUCGACCAAGGUCAGAGAAUCCUUGAAUUCACUGGAGACGAGAUCAAUGGAUUCAGGUACUAUAAUUUGACGUACGAUUUCGCGGGCGGAGUCGGUAAUGAGGUGCCAGAAUUGGUGGUGGCGUUCACCAAGACCACUCCGCCACAGAUCGAUCUGUACGUUGAAUGAGUCAGGACGAGUACGAGAGCAGCACACAGAUCAGGAAAUAUAAUGUGCAUGAAGUCGUUCAGCUGUCUCGAUCGUAAAUGACGUGAAACAGUCUUCACUCAGCUGAAGCCAUCCAUCUCAGCCAAAGACC